UCUGCAGACCAAUUAAAGGCGAAAAAGAUGAACGAAGGCUCAGCCCCCGGGGGCUUUAGGGGAGGGGGAAGACGAAGCUUGAAAGACUUGGUAAUGGCGACGGGUUUGUCGGAGCACCAUAACAUGGUGUGGGAAGUGAAGACAAAUCAGAUGCCUAAUGCAGUACAGAAACUCCUGCUGGUGAUGGACAAGAGAGCGUCAGGAGUGAAUGACUCGCUGGAGUUGCUGCAGUGUAAUGAGAAUUUGCCAUCCUCUCCAGGAUACAACUCCUGUGACGAGCACAUGGAGCUUGAUGACCUUCCUGAACUUCAGGCUGUUCAGAGUGAUCCUGCCCAAUCUGCCAUAUACCAGCUAAGUUCAGAUGUAUCUCAUCAAGACUAUCCAAGACCAUCUUGGAGCCAGAAUACCUCAGACAUAUCAGAAAAUGCUCACCGGGAAGAUGAGGUGGACUGGCUGACAGAAUUAGCAAAUAUUGCCACAAGUCCACAAAGUCCACUGAUGCAGUGCUCCUUCUACAACAGAUCAUCUCCUGUACACAUCAUAGCUACUAGCAAAAGUUUACAUUCCUAUGCACGCCCACCACCAGUGUCCUCUUCUUCAAAGAACAGGCCAGGCUUCCCUCAUGACCAUUGGAAGGAAGAAACACCAGUAAGACAUGAAAGGGCGAACAGUGAGUCUGAGUCUGGCAUUUUCUGCAUGUCCUCCCUGUCAGACGACGAUGACCUGGGCUGGUGCAAUUCCUGGCCAGCAACUGUUUGGCACUGUUUUCUGAAAGGCACACGACUGUGCUUCCAUAAGGAAAGCAAUAAGGAAUGGCAAGAUGUUGAAGACUUUGCUAGAGCCGAAGGCUGUGAUAAUGAGGAAGAGAUUCAAAUGGGCACCCACAAGGGCUAUGGUUCUGAUGGUCUAAAGUUGUUAUCCCAUGAAGAGAGUGUAUCAUUUGGUGAGUCUGUGCUGAAGUUGACAUUUGAUCCUGGUACAGUAGAAGAUGGCUUGCUUACUGUGGAGUGUAAGCUGGACCACCCAUUCUAUGUUAAAAAUAAAGGUUGGUCAUCAUUUUAUCCAAGCUUGACUGUGGUACAGCAUGGCAUUCCAUGUUGUGAAAUUCAUAUUGGUGACGUAUGUCUACCUCCUGGACACCCUGAUGCCAUUAAUUUUGAUGAUUCAGGUGUUUUUGAUACAUUUAAAAGCUAUGACUUCACACCUAUGGACUCUUCUGCAGUUUAUGUUUUGAGUAGUAUGGCUCGCCAGCGCCGUGCAUCUUUGUCUUGUGGAGGACCUGGUAGCGCUCAAGAAUUUGCCGGCUCUGAAUUCAGUAAAAGCUGUGGUUCACCUGGGCCAUCACAGCUCUCCUCUGAUUCUCUGUAUGCUAAAGCUGUCAAAAGCCACAGCUCAGGGACUGUGAGUGCCACUUCUCCUAAUAAGUGCAAAAGACCAAUGAAUGCCUUCAUGCUUUUUGCCAAAAAAUACAGAGUUGAAUAUACUCAGAUGUAUCCAGGGAAAGAUAACAGAGCCAUUAGUGUGAUCCUUGGUGACAGGUGGAAAAAAAUGAAAAACGAGGAAAGGAGGAUGUACACAUUAGAAGCAAAGGCUUUGGCUGAAGAACAGAAGCGUUUAAAUCCUGACUGUUGGAAAAGGAAAAGAACCAAUUCAGGCUCUCAACAACAUUGAACCUGAUGCUUGCAUUUUUAAAUCUGUACCUGCCUAAGUACUGACUCUGGAUGGAAAAGCCUGGAAGACCUUGGUCUCACUGAUUGUCCUGAAUUUGAGUGACCAUAAGAUACUGAUAGCAUUGAGUCCUGAAAUGAUUUAAUGAGUGAGGAUUUGCUUUCUCCAUUAGAGCAUUAAGUAAGCUACAACUAUCAACAUUGUAAACCAAAUUGCCUUAUUUUCCUUCCAAACUUCAUAUAUGUCUAUCAGGUAAUAUAGGCUUGAAAAUUGAUAUCCUGUGGUGCUAAAGUACAGUAGAAAGAAAGAUGUGUAUACAUGUUUUAUUUUAAAUUGUACGAAGGGGAAUUAAAAAAAUAUGUAACUGCUGUUUUAUACAUCAGCUCCUUACUGCUUAUUAAUCUGUAUUGUACCCACGAUAUCAGGAAUGAAGCAGAAGCUGGCCUUUUCAUGAGUAGCCAUCACAUGGCCCAGCAUCUGUGCCAAACACAGUCGCUUCUAGUCUGGCCAGUGCCAAGAGACAAUAUAACAUGGCAGGUAGAUGGUGUCAUUGUCCUAGCUAAAAGAGCCACCUGCUUCAGAUACCACGGGCAUGUGCUGAGUGGAUGCACCAGGGGGCAGCACUCCUCCAUGAUUUCCAGUGGGGGCCAAACCUGACCGAGUUGGUGCAGUUGGUUAAUAGCAUUGGGAUAGUCACUGUAAUGGUGCUGUUGACAGUCGACACCAUUGUAUUUUAACAUGUUCUCUCUCCUCAGCCACACAUGGACAUCUGUUUGUCACCGUUCUCUAUGGUGGGGCAGACUUUGCACUUACUGAAGUGCGACCCUUGCACUUUACUUCCCUCAGCUUCUAAACUAGCGCAAGGGCUGUGGCAGGACAGUUGCUGCUGCUCUGAGCUACAAUCAUGGCUUCUCAUGUUACUUACCAAGUGGUAUUUUUGGUUAGGAAUCACAGCUGUAAAAUUGAUUUCAGUUCAUUACACUUCUUCAACAUGUUGCCCCUCAAUUUUGCACACUAUAUUCUUGUAUAUUAUUUGAAAUAAAAUGAAAGAAAAAAUUCUGA